AACACCAUCCUAGGCAGAGAGGAGUUCACCAUCGGAGCUCAAACUGAGGAGUGUGUGAGGCGAGAAGCGGAAGUAUUUGGGAGAAGGGUCACUGUGGCACGCUAUUUCCCUCUGGACUCCCUGGAGUGCGCUAAGCAGAGGUUGGCGUACAAUGUGUCCAUGUGUCCUCCGGGACCAUACGUUUUCCUCCUAGUCAUGCCACUGGACAGGUUCAGGGGGAAGGAGUGGAUGGUGGAAGAGCAGCUGGAGUUUCCCAUCGAAAGUAUCUGGCGAUACACAAUUGUACUGUUCACUGGGGGUGACGCUCUGAGGGAGUAGGACUCGAGGAUAGAACAGCUCUUGGAGAGAGAAGUCAGCUGGAAGCAGCUGGUGGAGAAAUCCAAUAACAGGUACCAUGUGUUUGACAAUGUGAGCAGGGACGAAGAUGGCACACAGGUCAGAUGGCUGCUUGAAAGGACAGAAGAGGUAGUGUCGGGAAAUGACGGCAGCUGCUUUGAAAUCAAUGAGAAUGCCUCUGAAAAAUUU